AAACUUGAUAAAGGAACCUAGUUUAUAAAUUCUAAUGUAGGAAAUUAUUUGAUAGUCGGAAAUAAUGUGGAUUUAUGCAGCAUUCGUAUUAUAUUCCCUAUCGCUAUCUUCAGGAAUUAAUGCCCAAAACGUGGUGUGUCCGGAUGACAUCACAAUGACGGUAGCGUCAGGGGAGGAUGAGAUAGCAGUAUCUUGGGCUGACCCAACACCGGAUGAUACACCGUUGAUGAUGGAGUCGUCACGUACCAACGGAUCAAUGUUUGGUGUAGGUAGACAUGCUGUGCUCUACACCGUCGAUUACACAGGCGGUGUCUCAGUGAUGUGUUUCUUCUAUGUCAUUAUCAGAGCCGAUGAUGGCAGGGCAGGACCCAACAUCAACCGAUGUCCAACCAGUCGCACUCCGCAGACCUAUGAAACAUUCAAUAAUGUGAACUGCAGUCUUCCGUUUGAUCCACCGUUUGUUAGUCAGACAAUGGUGACCUUCACCUCUACACACACUCCUCAAGAUACAUUCGAAGUGGGAACAUACCACGUGGUUUACACAUUCACCAACGUACAGGGUUUCGUAUCUGAAUGCGUAAUACCCAUAACUGUUACACAGGGAAGCGAUGUUUGUAGAUGUUUUCCCUGUCCAAACGGAGAGACUUGUAACCUCGUACAAGGUUCUACUGAUUCUUACACAUGCGUAAUGCAAGCUGGAGAUCUAGCUCCAUUUAUCCAGAAUUGUCCCGAGGACCUAGAGGUGAUUCUUCCGAACGGGAUGGUCUCAGUUAGCGUUGACUGGAUAGAGCCUACAGCAUCAGACGACGUCGAUGGCGUGCUCGAUCUCGUCACCAACUACAAUCCUCGAGAAUCCUUCACUCUAGGAAUAACACAGGUUGUGUACAAUGCCACAGACAGUCAACAACAGUCAACAUUUUGUGUGUUCAACGUCGAAGUAUCCCAAACAGCGGAUACAACUUCACCAGUCUUCGUGAACUGCCCUUCGACCGUGACCCACCAAUUGCCAAUCGGGGAGGAUACCGCUUCAGUAACAUGGACAGAACCAUCUGCAACGGACAACGAUGGUCAGGUUACGGUGGAUUCUACAAGAUCUCCGGGGGAUAAUUUCACUGUUGGGACAUCGCAUGUGGUCUAUACUGCAACCGACGAGGCUGGACUGCAAUCCACGUGCGACUUUAAUGUUAGGAUAAAAGCUACAGAGGAUCAUAUUCCACCAGUGGUAUCCGGCUGUCCAUUUGCUGCUGUAGCUGAAAUAAGUGGUACAUUCACAGUAGUCAGAUGGUCUAUUCCAACAUCUGCUGAUGGCAGCCUAGUCGAAUUACCGACUCUCGGCAGUCCUGGAGAUUUCUUUACACAGGGUGUACUUGGGCCUGAAUAUUAUAUUUUCAAUGACACCGCUGGGAACAUAGCCGCGUGUCCUCUGUAUAUUUUUGUCGUAGACCGUUCGGACACGGUGGGACCGACAGUGUCUUCCUGUCCUUCCGAUGUGACCGGUACUGUUGAACCGGGGAUCUUCACUAUGGCAGCAACCUGGACACCACCAUCCGCAACUGAUGACGUCACAUCCCAGGGUAAUAUAAUCCAGAUAGCUACGAACGACCCAGGAGAUUCUUUUGGAGUGGGUACAACUACUGUGACGUAUGUCUUUCUGGACGAGCAAGGGAACAAUGGGACAUGUCAAUUCAACGUUGUCGUAAUCCAAACCGAUGGAGACACCGUACCUCCUGUAUUUUCUGGAUGUCCACCUAACAUUGAUAUCUUAGCUCCUUUUGGCGCUACAUCUACCAGUGUGACAUGGACGGAACCCACGGCAAGUGAUAGCGGUUUUCAACUAACUGUUAGCUCUGAUAACAGCCCUGGUGCAAACUUUCCGAUUGGAGUCACAACUGUAACUUACACAGCUACGGAUAUGAGCGGACUGAACUCACAGUGUACUUUUAAUGUAAUUGUGCGUGCGGGAGUAGUCGAUAACAUAAGGCCAGUACUAACCUGUCCAUCCUUCACGCCGCAAAUAGUUGAACUUGGUACAGACACGGUGGAACUGUCUUUUAACGAUCCUGAAAUCAUGGAUGAAUCCAAUACGGCAACCCUAUCACAUCGAAGCCAUAACUUUCCUUUUAACUUCAGCGUCAGUGUAGCGACUAUCGUUGAAUUUGAGGCCAUGGAUCAAGCAGGAAACGUGGGAUCAUGUUCCUUCCUGGUUUUCUUCAGGGGAGCUGAUAGUACUCCGCCAACCGUUAUGUGUCCAGACCCAAUAAACCGCACAGUCGAGCUCGGACAGGGUGUCAUCAAUGUUUCUUUCCCGAACGCGAAUGCAACAGAUUUCAGUGUUGUCACCCUCGUGAGUCAGAGUCACACUUCGGGUGACGCCUUUUCUGUAGGCGAGACAAAUGUCACAUUCGUCUUCCAGGAUGAGGGCGCGAACAUCGGGGAAUGCAGUUUUCCAAUUUCCGUUGUUGCUGUCGAUACCACACCACCGGAAGUUAUAUGUCCUUCCAUUUUCUACGAGACGGUAGAACUCGGUCUUAACAGCACCACAAUAAUCUUUCCAAAUGACACGGCGACUGCAACAGACUUAUCGGGCAUGCCAUCUCUUUUCAGCAUCACACCACCGUCGGGAUCGGUAUUUGAUAUUGGACAAACCCUUGUUACCGUCGUUUUCACCGACAUGAGCAACAAUCUUGGCAAUUGUACAUUCACUGUCAAUGUUUCAAUGCAGGAUACUACUCCACCAAUGCUAAUAUGUCCAGAAACCAUCAUCCGGGAGACUGAAAUCGGUCAGGGACCAGUGAAUGUGUCCUUUGACGAUCCUGUCAUUUCCGAUGCGUCCAACACAGCAAUGAUAGUGUCACGAAGUCACAACUCGGGUGUCUUCUUUCCUGCUGGAGCGGUCACUCUGGUCAACUUCACCGCUGCUGAUGAGAGUGGAAACAACGCAUCAUGCUCCCUCGCCAUUUUCAUUAUGGAAGUUGAUAGGACUGACCCGGUGCUGUCCUGUCCAACCAACAUCAUAGAAGAGGUGGAGCUGGGAGUGUCGACUUUAACCAUUCCCUUCGACAACCCGACUAUCAUGGACGCGUCCAACACUGCAAUGAUUACAUCAUCGACCCAUACGUCUCCCUGGAUGUUCCCAGUAGGUGAAACAACCACUGUUACCUUUGAUGGCAGAGAUGAGAGUGGGAAUGAGGGCUCCUGCUCACUUAACGUCACUGUAAAUACAGUUGACUCAACCGACCCGUUCCUGGUGUGUCCCGCCGACGUCAACAUGACCAUUGAGUUAGGACCAACAGAAUAUGAGAUUCCUUUUCUUGACGCAAUCGUCGUUGACUUUGCAAUAACCACCCUAUCAUCAAGUCACACUCCUCCAGGCCCGUUUCCUGUAGGUUCCACAACUGUUGUAACAUUCACAGCCAUUGACCAGAGCGGAAAUCAGGGCAAUUGUUCGUUUAGCAUCGAUUUCAAUAUAGUUGACACAACAGGACCAACUGUCACAUGUCCACCUAGCGUCACAGAAAUAGUGGAGAGUGCCCAACCAGCAGUGGUCACCUUCGACAAUGCUACAGCCACUGACCUGUCCGGCGUCGUGAUAUUUGUUUCUCAAUCUGCCCAGUCCGGAGGUGUAUUUCCAUUCGGAUUGUCAACCGUGACUUUCACCUUCCAAGAUUCUUCUGGAAAUAAUGGCUCCUGUGAUAUAUCAAUCACCGUGGAUACGGACCAGUGUCUGAGUUCCCCAUGCAUAAAUGGAGUCUGCAUUGAUAGGGUCAACAGUUUCGAAUGCAUCUGCGAUCCCGGAUUUGAUGGACCUAUAUGUGACACCGCUGACAACACGCCACCUGUAGUGACCUGUCCGACAAACAUUGAGCAAACCGUCGAAUUGGGUCAACCAGGUCCAUUUCAAGUUACCUUUGACAACGCCACAGCUAUAGAUACGUCAGGCACUGUUGGUCUGCUUAAUAGGUCACAUGACUCCGGUGAGAACUUCCCCAUCGGUCAAACGGUUGUGACGUUUGUUUUCGGUGAUGUCAGUGGGAAUUUCAACAAUUGCAGUUUUCUUAUUACAAUCAAUGAAGUUGAUGAAACCCCACCAGUGCCCUCCUGCCAUGAUGACAUAGUCGACACGGUCGAGCCUGGUGUCCCCGGGAAGAGGGUGACCUUUGACCUUGUGAAUGCUACCGACAACUCAGGAUCAGCCACACUCGUGACGCACAGUCCCGUCUCAGGGUCUCUGUUUCCGGUGGGCUCUACGUCAGUGAUAUUCCUCUAUACAGACAUGGCUGGAAACCAAGCUUCAUGCUUCUUUUAUGUCAACAUCACGGAAGCCGACAAUUUACCGCCAGAGGCCAUUUGUCCUGAAAACGUUUCCGGCACUGCACAACCCGGUAGUAGCUACGCAGCGGUGGAUUUUACUCUUCCUGUGGCCACCGACAACUCGGGCAUGGCACGUCUUGUUAGCAUUUCUUCAGGGCCUGGGAGUAACUUCACCGUCGGCACAACCGUUGUAACGGCUACCUUCCAGGAUCCUGCGGGAAACAGCGAUUCGUGCUCUUUUGCUGUCGUCGUUGAUGGCGAAAACUCAACCGUCACCGUGAGCGAUCUUGGUAAUGAUUUCUUCGAACUGACGUGGACCAACGACAUCAGCAUGGACAUCAUCGCCUACACCAUUUUACUAGCAGAUACCGACGGUGCAGUGGUUGAGAGACGAAGCUUUGCGCCAUCAAUGACCAUGAUCAUUCAACGGUUUGAGCAGCUUACACCAGGAACGCAGUACACAAUAGAUGUUGAUGCUGUUAUCAGCUCUACUAUGGCAAUGGUUAACUUUGCCGCUUUGAGCGUUGUUACAAGACCAAAGACUGCAGUCAAUUUUACCGUGUAUGAACUAAGUGACUCCUCAUACUUCUUCCGUUGGGACCCUCCUGCCCUUCCCGACAACUUUUUCAUCGAGUACAUCUUGAGGUACAACAGUUCGAUCUCUUCAACCGAGAAAGUAAACCUUCUACCACCAAAACAGAGCCAUGGCAUGGGAGGACUAAUACCAGGAUCAUUCUAUGCCUUUGAAUUCUUCACCAGCAUCGGACCGACGCUGAGUACCCCUUCAGAUGUUUUGAGAGUUCCCCAAGGCACACAAGCUGUUAUGGCAUUUCGGGCUGUAACUGCACAGGAAAUGGAGGUAUCCGGUACUCCUCCUACUGACAUGACACGCAUUCAACUGUUCAGUGAUGACGGACUGGAGGAAUUCGAAAGGAUAGUAGAUCCUGGCAUCACAUCAUCGGUCUUUUCCAAUCUUCGCCCCGACACAAUAUACACAAUGAUUGUCAUAUCAGAUGAUGCAGUUGUUUCUUCAGAUACCCGAAGGACAAAUCUUCUUGAUGGAAUUUCUGCAACCAUGGUCACUUCCGACUCAGUUCAACUGACAUGGAAUGCAGUGGGAACGGCAACGUCUUACGAAAUUUCAUUCAUAAGUCAAGAUACGACGACUGCAGAACUUGAUAUGUCUAUCUCGGCGGGUCAGUCUAUGGCCUUAGUUCAGAAUCUACAACCUCAGACGCUGUACACCUUCUCUGUUGUUGCUGUCAAUGGGACAACACGAAAUAAUGUUGGUAGUGUGACUACUGCCACAGAAAACGCAAAUGAACCUCCCGUCUUGAGCAACUGCCCGAAUGACACAACCGCCGUACUGCCAGAUACAUCAUCGUUCGUGUCUGUGACGUGGACACCACCAACUGCAACAGAUGAUGAUGGGACGCCUACAGUGUCUUCCAUUCCUCAACAAGGCAGUCUCUUUGAAUAUGGGCUAACUUAUGUUACAUACACAGCUAUGGAUACUGAGGCUCUCACUGCCAAUUGCUCGUUCACUAUCAAUGUGACAGAUACAACACUUCCGGUUAUCAACAAUUGCCCUGGAACAGUACCUGCCUUGUUAAUACCAGGUGACAGUUUGGUUGAGGUGUUGUGGACAGAGCCAACGGAAGGAGACAAUUCAGGAUUCGUCACUUUGAUGUCAACACACAGCCCUGGUGCAGAAUUCCCUCUCGGAGAGACAACAGUUACCUACACCGCUGUGGACGCAGCAGGGAAUACCAUGACAUGCAUCUUCAACGUAUCGGUAACCCCAGGUAAGAAGCACUCAAAAUAAACGAGUCCGUAUUUUU